CUACCGCCGCCUAUUUCCUGUGCCUCACCGCCGGCGACGGGACACAACCAGCCAGGACCUCCUCCUCCGAAGCCUUCUCAAGUAGAGGGGCGUGGCCCGCGCCCUCUCCCCCGGCCUCUACUGGUGCUGGACAGUAGCGGAGGGCAGAUCCAUCCGGGCUUUGUUCGAUUUCUUUCGUUGGCUCUUCUGCUUGGGGGGAAGAUCAAUCUACACGACUUGUGGUUGCAGUUCGUUUUGGAGAGAUAGACUUUAGGGGGUUUUGAACCCCCGCAUGCCCCUGGCUGAUUCCGCCCCUAUCCAGUAUUGAUGGGGAAGAAGGUGAAGCCUAAGCCCAAGAACCUGCGUAAAGCGCAGGAACGGGGUCCUUCAGCCUCAUCCUCAGAUGUUGGACCUGGUGAUGCGGCAUCGCAGGACGCAAGCCACUCAGCAGAAGAAACAACUGCAUCAGCCAGUGGCAGGGAGCAUUGCGGCCACUACAGCCGUGACAGUGCUCACUUGGACAAGGUUCUCCUGGAGAUCUUGUCUUCCAAGCACGUUGCAUCGUGCGAGCAUUGCCGGGAGGAUGCCCCGAGAAAGAAAGGUGGUGCUGGAAGCAAGGAGAAAGGUGGGAAGAAGAAGAAAGGAGGCGCCUCCAAAGGCGCUGCUGCCAAGGCACAGGCAAAGGCCGAGAAAAGCGAUGUGUGGGUCUGCUUGGACUGUGGUCGGCAUUUUUGUGGUGGUGCAGUAGAGGAUGCCAAGCCCUAUGGACAUGCCAGGCGGCAUGCUAAGCAGGAUCGGCAUUGGUGGGCUGCAAGGUAUGAUGACCCAACAGUUGCUUAUUGUUUGUCCUGUGAAAAGGAGGUGUCAAUUGAGAUGCCCAAAAUAGAGACAGUUGUGGCAGAAGUAGUGGAUGAUAAGGUGGUUGGUAUUGAGGAUCCUGAUGCAUCAGGUUUGGUUAACCCCCAUGCUAAUGUGAUCAAAGGGCUGCCAAAUCUUGGAAACACAUGCUUCUUCAAUGCAGUGCUGCAGAACCUCCUCGCGCUUGAUAGGUUGCGCAGGAAGAUAUUAGGGCCAGAUGUUCCUACAGGGGCACUUGCUAUGUCACUGAAGAAGCUUUUUGGAGAGACAAGUGCUUCAAACCAUGCAGGAGGGGCGCUUAGCCCGAAAAACCUCUUCUCAAGCAUUUGCUCAAAAUAUCCACAGUUCAGAGGCUACCAGAUGCAGGAUAGCCAUGAACUACUCCGUUGUUUUCUUGACGGUUUACGUACAGAGGAAACUGAAGCACGAAAGCUAGUGGAAGAAGCUUCAGAUGCAGGGGUCCCCACAAUUGUUGACUCCAUCUUUGGGGGUCAGCUGUCUAGUACUGUGUCCAGCACAGAAUGCUCACACAGCUCCGUUAAACACGAUCAAUUCCUUGAUCUCUCGCUCCCAGUUCCAUCACGGAGGCCUCCUACCAAGAGUGUUUCAUCCCCACGCGCAAAGAAGACCAAACAGUCCAUACGAGAUAGGAACAAAAGUCGUAGAUAUGGGAAGAUUCCUGCUCGAGCAUCUCCUUCAGUGGAGAGUAACAAAGAACAGAUUCAAACAAUUGAUGCGCGCAACAAUUCCCAAAUUCCUGGUUCAGAAAAACAGGUAGUCAGCGAGAAAGAGCCAGAGCCCUCUAUCUGCAGUGAGUCAUGUGCUUCUGUGUCUAAUCAAGAACAAAAGGCCACUUCGAAUGUGGUGGAUAGCAUAUGCUGGUUGGAUUACGUUGCUGAUGCUGAUGAAACAAAAUCUGAGAUUCUUGAUUCUGCAGAUUCUACUGAAACAGGACAUAUUUGGGAAAGUAGGGAUGCUGCACAUGGUCCUUUACACCCUCAGGAUGAUGCCGUACCUAAAGAGCAGAUCUUGGGUUCUGAGCACUCAGGUGAGAACACUGUUGAUGAUGCUCCCCUUUUGCAGCCUGUUAUCUUACUUCCUUAUAAAGAAUUUGGUACCACUGUCAAGGAAAGGGAUGAAACCAUAGAAAAUUCGCAGAAUUCAGAAUGUGCAGUUCCUCCUCCAGAUGUUUCUCCAGUAACGGAAAAUAAUACACAACCUGCAUAUGGUGGAGACGUAGAGCAAGAUGACUAUGGUUUUGGUGAUAUGUUCAAUGAGCCAGAAGUUACUUCUGAAGUCAAGAAAGAAAAUGGUAAAGCUGAAGAUAUUGAUGUGAUGGCUUGGAGUAGUAAUAGUGCUGAUGAUGAGGUAGAUGAUAGUAAUGCUCCUGUAUCAGUUGAGGGCUGCUUGGCUUUGUAUACUGAACCAGAGCUGCUAUCUGAACCAUGGUUGUGUGAGCACUGUACUAAUGCUGCACGCCUAAGCGCUGAUGAAGCAAAAAAUGUCGUGGAGAUGACGGACGGUGCUGAAAUAAAGGAUGGUGAGGAGAUGAUGGCAGGUGGUGAUGGAAGACAAGAUGGUGAGAAGUUGAUCAUGAGCUGCAGCAAAGAGGACAUUGAUCAGGUUAUGACUACUGAUGGUUGCAAAAAGGACAUUGAUCAGAUUAUGGCAACUGAUGAUUGUUCUGACAAUUUACAUUCUGGUAUACACUGCAAGGAAGGUGGAUGUGCGGAUCCUUCUUUGGCUGACCCUGAACACUGCAAUGGUAAUUGUCCAGACACAGAAAAUGCUACUAUACAGAGAACUGGUGCAGUGUUCACAGUUGAGAAGACUGGACCGUCAAACAGUCAGACUGACCAUAAGGAACAGAGUGUGGAUUUGAGAAGCUUAGAACUGGAGUCCUCAUCUUUGAAUAAGCAACAACAUGAUGUGAAUAUCCAGUAUAAUGAUGGACAUAAUGUGGAUAUAACCGCUGAGUCUACAAGUGCACCAGUGAGUUGUGAUAGGGAUUCUGUCUCUUGCAGUGCAACUAACAAUGUAGAAGCUGAACAUGUUGGCGGUGCUGAAGAAGUUGUGUCUAGUAGCCUUCCAUCGGAUGCACAAAAAACCUUGCAGAGUGCAAAAGAUAAUGAAGAUGUCAUCACAAGGAAUCAAGGCAGGAGGAAGCGAAUGAAGAUGGUUGGUAAGGCACAGCAAAUGCAAGAUAGCCAAAAUAAGAACAAAGAGGAUGAGACAAAGGUUUUCAGAGCUGCAAUGAGAAGAAUUCUUAUAAGCAAGGCUCCACCUGUAUUGACGAUUAACUUGAACAGAUUCAGCCAGGAUUCCCAUGGUCGAUAUAAGAAAUUGAAAGGGCACGUGCGCUUUAAGGAGAUGCUUGAUAUACAACCAUUCAUGGACCCAAGAUGUAAGGAGAACAACAACACCACUUAUCGUCUUGUUGGCGUUGUCGAGCACUUGGGAACCAUGACAGGAGGUCAUUAUAUUGCGUACGUUAGAGCUGCCAAGAUUGGAGGUCGGCAGCAGCAGAGCAGUAGCUCGAAGUCUUGGUUUUACGCAAGCGAUGGACAAGUGAGAGAAGCCUCUCUGGAGGAAGUUCUGAACUGUGAGGCUUACAUUCUGUUUUAUGAGAGGGUGGCCGACUAGGAUAAGAUCUCUGUCAGCCCAUCCAUCGAUCAGUAAUUUAUCAGAGGGGCAAACUGGGAGGUGGGAUACAACAUUUUUGGUGGGCACGGCCCAAUGAGUCUGCAUACUAAUGCAGCUAUCGACCAAGUCCAUUUUGUUCCUUCGGUUGAGUCGCUCCAUGGCCCCCAGGUGGCUUCAGUACCAUUCAUUUGCUCGGUCGAAGAGAUUUUCACAAGUGGACUUGAACAGCAAAACUUUUCAUACUCCCCUACAGGUGGCUUCAGUACCAUUCUUUCUUUUUGUUUUUGGCCUUUGGAGAACAUAGGUGGUGGUGUGGGGAUUGGUCAAAAUUGGCAGGGUUUUGUUAAAUGGUUCGACUCGAUACAUUUCCUUGGUACAUUGCUGCCCCUAAAUUUUGAGUGAUGGGGGCGUAUACUGUAACGUGUUUAGCCUCUCUCUAUCCUGUAGUUGCAAUUGUCACAGAGCUGUUUUCACCCAUGUCACCCGGAGGGAAUUGUACCUGAGAGAUCCUUUUUCUUAUAUAUUCAGAUUCGUUAUAAAAUUCGUGCUUGUAAUCA